AUACAGUCCAACCAGAAGGUACAGAUUUUUAACACUCACUGUUAGACAAUCAGAACCUUCAAGUUGGCAAAGUGGGAGUCAGUGAGGGUAGAUAGUGGCAUAUUUUAGCAGUGUGGUUGAGCAGGAUCAUGGGAUAAAUGCACAUCUGGAUGAUCCUUUAAAGCUGCAGGUAGAUGCCAGUGUGGUUGGAGGAAAGUGCCACCGACAGACCUGUUUGCUAGUAUUUAAGCUCAGCUUCUUCUAGCUCAGCUAUGUGAUCAUGAAAGAACUUGUGGUUUGGAUCAGCAAAAUGUUGCAGUUUAAAACAGGAUCAGGAAGUAGGACAGUAGUUGUCAACAUUUGUUCUGCACUGUCCUUCGUGUUUUAGGUGUCUAUAUGUUGCCAAACAAUAAAUCUGCAUUAUCACCAAUGAUAAUGCAGUCAUUUAAAUGUGGUGUACUGGAACAGGGACACAUCUGAAACAUGAGGGCCCUGAGGCCCUACCUGUUACAGUUUCCAUUUCUAUUGUUUAAAAGCAGCAGUUGGAAAUUUAAAAAACAAAGUUUUACUAAGCUGAAAGAAUAACAUGACUCAUCACACGUUUGCAUUUCUCAAAAAAAAAAAAAAAAAGAGAUACUUCUCCCAGGUGGAAGAUCCUUGAUGAGUGUUUUAAUCUAUAUUCUACAGAAGCAUGUUUACUCAAAACCUUCUAAAUUCACCACUGGUCUUUUUCUUUAUUGCUUUCAUUACCAGUGAAUAUCUGGUAAGAAAAAUUAAAAUAAUGUUUUCAUUGACACAGACAUUUUCCUAUUAGUAACUGGAGUAGAUAGAAUUUUUGAUCUUUCUGAAUUAUCCAGAAAUAAAGCUGACUUGUAGAUCAUUGUCAAGGCCCGUGUACCUGAAAAAGCUGCCUCUGACUUUAGUGCGACAGAUUCAUCUGCAUUCUCUCAUUCUUCAUAUGUGUCCAUCAAAAUCAGACAUGAUUCUGAGCACAAUAAUCUAUAUGUUCUUUUUUUUUUUUAGCAGCAGCAGAAAUUAUUGUUGCAUUUCUGUUUGAAAGAAAAGACAGGUCCAUCUUUUAAACUGUAGUUGAAAAGGUUUGGUAAUACUGUCACAACGUGGUAUUUUAGCUCAAUGUUACCAUACACUGAGGAUCUCAUGCCAGCCCAAUGCCUAAUCCGAUAUAAAGUAAAACUGUUAAACAGAAGUUCAAGUAAACACUAUUUUAAUGUUUUUCAUAAUGCCUUAUUUUUCUGUCAGUUACUCUGACCAGAAACACUUGUUCUGUUCCCAGUAUGUGUUCCUAACAGGAGGAUCUCUGGUGAUGCACCACCUUUAAAUUCCAUAACGGGUCAUCUGUAUAUAACUGUCCAAUGAAACAUGACUGAGGUUUAAAGGUUUGCAUACAGUAAAAGUCUGCUUUAGGCUUGGCCCCUACCAGACUAGCAGUUCGCUUCAGGCGCCAGGAUCAACCAAUCUGGAUUUAUACUCAAAAGACGGGUAGAGUUGCCUUAGUUUCCUUAGAAUUCAAUUCAGUUUCAGUUAUAUAGCGGCAAUUCACAACACAUGUUGUCUCAAGGUACUUUACAAAGUCAAUUCAUUCGAAUCAUACAGGUUUCAAGUCGGGUACAUACAUUCCAGUUCAUCGUUACUAUCAAACAGUGCAGUCGGAUCCAGUUUAUUAUUCAAAAACUCAGGUCUUUUGAUGUCUGCAGGACCGUGCUGCUUGAGAGCUGGCUCUGUCCUGGUAGGGGAACUGCAGUCUUUGGCAGAAGUGUCUGUGCAGAAGAUGCUGAGGAAACUGCUCCAAGUCCUUAACAACAAGUGACACCCCUGCAUGCUACUUUGGUCUCCUACCGCAGCACCUUCUGUCAUAGACUGAGACCACAGAGUUGUUCUACAGAACGCCACAGGAAGUUCUUCCUCCCCGUGGCUAUCAAUCUGUUAUACUCCUCCUCUUUUUCAAUAACAAUAACAAUUUAUCCUGUAUUACAAUAUACAUUUUACGUUUCUGUCCGCACUUUGUCUGCUGUAUAUUUUACAUACGCUAUUUGUUCUCUGUUAUUUUUAUAUUACUCUGUUAUUUCAGACUAUUAUGUGAUUUUACAUAGCUUGAUUCCUUGUGUAUGUUCGGUUGUAUUGAAACUCGCGCACAAUUUCCUGCGGGAUCAAUGAAGUUAUCUUAUCUUAUGAUGAUGCCAAGAGACUUAUCUACCGCAGUGAAAAUGUGACACAUGUUAUCUGUGAAAACAACUCUGGAGAGGAGGUCAGAAUGUGGCUGGAGUCACAGAGAAGGAGGCAGGCAAAGCUCCACCUGCUGGACGUCAGCUGGUACACGGAGAGCAUGCGGGAUGGGUUCCCAGUGGAGAUACUGGACAGACAUAAACUACAGGAUCUUGUUGUAAAUGACUUGGAGGUUAUUCCUUUCUCCCUUCCCAGCUACGCCUGUCAGAGGAGGACCACUCUGGAAAACCAUAACACUCUUCUAACUGACGCUCUGUCACUCCUGGCUGAAAACGCUGAGCUGAGCAACGAGGACGGCCGAGGCGUGGCGUUCCGCAGGGCCGCCGCAGUGUUGAAGGCGCUUCCUUCAGCAGUUACAGACCUGUCGCAGCUUACAGGCCUGCCCUGCCUGGGAGAGCACUCACUCAGAGUCAUUAAAGACAUCUUGAAGAAUGGAGCAUCAAGUGAAGUUCAAUCCACUAAGGAGUCUGAGCGGUUUAAAGCAUUAAAGGUGUUUACGGGUAUUUUUGGAGUUGGAUCAAAGACAGCUGACCGAUGGAUCCGAGAGGGGAUACAUAACCUCCAGCAACUACGAGAUUCAGGACAUACGCUCAAUCGUGCUCAACAAGCAGGUCUGGAGCACUACGAUGACAUCAACCAGCCUGUAAGCAUGGCGGAGGCUGAUGCUAUCAGGGAGACUGUGGGAGGAGCAGUGGCCUCUGUGUUACCAGGAGCUCAGAUUGUUCUCACAGGAGGAUUCAGAAGGGGGAAGCUAACAGGUCAUGAUGUGGACUUCCUGAUUACUCACCCUGAGGAGGGCUGCGAGGUGGGCCUGAUGCCAAAACUGGUCUCCUGGUUGGAUUCACGGGGUUUAAUUUUGUACCAGAAAACUACCAGAAACUCCUACUUAGAGUCCAAGGAUGGCCCUGGGCGACCUCCCGCCAACAUUGAUCGCUUUGAGAGAUGCUUGGCCAUCUUCAAGCUGGAGGUUCAGUCAGAGAAACAUGUAAAGUCACAAUCAGGUGAACUUUGUCAACAUCUGCAAACAGAAGCAGUCGCAGAGAGACGGUGGAGAGCUGUGAGAGUGGACCUGGUGGUCUCUCCAGUCAGUCAGUUUGCUUUCGCUCUUCUGGGCUGGACUGGAUCCAAGCUGUUUGAGAGGGAGCUACGACGGUGGGCGGGGCAUGAGAGGAGCAUGUCUCUGAGUAGUCACGCCCUGUACGACAACAAACAGGGAAGAUAUAUAAGAGCAUUUUCAGAGGAGGAGAUAUUUGCUCAUCUUGGUCUGGAGUACAUUCCUCCAUCAGAGAGAAACGCUUGAAGAUUCCCUGCAGAAGCAUCAAAAAAGCCUAUUCUGAGGUCUGGAAGUUAAAGGCAGCGGGCUAGAAGCAAAAACGAAGAAAAGCACGGAUCUGUUUUUCUCAGGGAUCCGACACGUAUUUCCAGAUGUAAAUGGUAAAUUCCUCCCAGCUCAGAAGCUUUUGUAUCAUAUUUGAGAUGAAUGGGUGUAAACACAUUUGUUUACUCAUUAUGUUGCAUCUAUUCACAAAGAAUGGAACAAAUUUUGGACUGCUUGCUGCUGUGUAAGCUAGCAUUGAGUUUUAAAGUAAAAAAGCUGAUUUCUCCCAGUUUUAAUAAGACUGGGAUCAUAUGCAAUUAGGAUAAUAAGAACUGAUACAUCUGUAUGCUUGUUUUUAUCUGGUCAGCCUUAGAUUUUAUACUAGAACAGCUGAUAAUUCCAAACAUUCCACAUAUAAAUAUCAAUAACAAGACCUCAAACAUGGCUCGCACCGUGAUGUUGAAUCUAGAAAUAUAUCCACAGGGAGCUAUCAUUUUUAUUGCUUUAAUGAAGCUGCAAAUACAACAAUUUGGCAGCUCCAAAAUAUAGGCAUGGGACGGUUUACAGCUUACCUUAACGAGUUACUUAAACGCUUUUCCAUUUUAUUUUUAAUUGAAAAGGCAAAAAAUGAAAAAACAAUAGGAUAAAAAUAUUGGAUAUAAUGGAUUAGAUGCUUUAAAAACAUGAUGACGGAUCCACAAAGAUGAUGCUAUGUUUAGUCUCAGCUCAGCUGCACAUGUGAUCCAAUUCAAACUCCAUUUAUAUUCCACCAAUCCACAACUUGUCAUCUCAGGGCACUUUACAAAAAACAAAUCAAUUCAAUCUGAUCAUACAGGCAGAUUCCAAGUCAAGUACACCCAUUCUAAUUGAUCCUAGUUCAAACAAUGCAGUCAAGUUCAGUUUAUUAUUCAAAUUGGUUAUAAAGUUUUCUAUCUAAGGAAACCCAGCAGAUUGCAUCGAGUCAUUGACACUGCAGCAUUCAGUCCUCAUGGACUUAGUAAAACCACUGCUACCAAAGUAACAGAGAAAAAUAUUUCCUUCCAUUGAGCUUCAGGUUGGAACAAUAUCUCACUGUAUCACAAUGGUACUCCUAUUAGCUACAGAUAGAAUAGAAAUACCCUUUAUUGUCCCACAGUAGGGAAAUUAAGUUGUGUUAGCUGCAACAUAAAGGGCAAAUGGAAGCAUACAGGUACUCACAAACAUAAAACACUAUAAAGAUCAAAAAGAGUAGACUAUACAGGAAGAAAAUGACAACAUAAGAAAAAUAAAUAUGGCAUACUCAGGUUAGUGAAAUGUGCAACUGAGUAGAGUGAUUUUGGAAAUUUACAAAAAGUACAUUUGUAAUUCUGUUGAGAAAAGCAACAACAGAGUAUUUCAAAAAUAUGAAAAUUAUAGUGUUAUCUUUGUUAGAGUCCUUUUGUCUCCAUCAUCUGCACUGCAAGGGCAGUGGAAGGAUUCACUCCUUUAACCCAUUUCAUUGAAGGUAAAAAGCACAGAUUGAAACUGAAACAGAUAAAAUAAUACCAUUUGUAUGUGUACACGCAUCUCUCCAACAAAAACUAUUAAUUUGUGAUAAAUUGUCAAAAAAUAAAUGCUUGUGCUUCUAUGAACAUCCUUAUGUCCUGUUAUUUCCCUAAAUAAAUAAAGCAAUACUCUUUGGUUUCUACCAGAA